UUCUCCCCACUUGAAAAGGAAGAUUCCUACUACAUGAUCUCUUCUUGCAAAGAUGGCAACCCAAUGCUCCGCGACGGCCAAACUGGUGAUUGGAUCGGCACCUUUCUAGGGCACAAGGGAGCUACAUGGCAAGCAAGACUUAGCCCUGAUGCAUCGACCGCUGCCACCUCGUCUGCGGACUUCAGUGCCAAGAUCUGGGACACCCACACCGGCGAACUGCUCUAUGUCCUCAAGCAUGACCAUAUUGUCCGCGCCAUUGCCUAUCCGUACGAAAACUCCGGACUGCUGGCAACUGGCGGAUACGAGAAGAAGCUUCGCAUCUUUGACCUGGCGGAUCAGAGGCCGGCUACUUCACCAUCGGGCACCAGUCCCGAACCAGUCACAAUUGACGCAUCCAAAGCCUUUGAGAUUGGCGAAGGGGUACACAAAGAUAUCAUCAAGUUCAUCGUCUGGGCUCGCGACCCCAACGUAAUCAUCACCGCGUCUGGCGAUACGCUGCGCUGGUUCGAUCUUCCCUCUCGUCGUUGUGUGCGUGAGGCGAAACUGGAAGGCGAGAUCAAGUCAUGCGAGCUGGUUUCACUUGCGCCUUCGCAUAGCGCUCCCACCGACAUCGGCGGCGGUUUGCCUGUUCUGGCGGUGGCUGCGGGAAAAACCGCCUAUUUUUGGGGUGGAAGCCGAGCUGAGGAUGAGCUCAAGAGGAUCACGCUUCCCCAUGGAAUUGCUAGUGUUGGGCUGGACCUAAAGGGUAGAAAGUUUGUUGUUGGCGAAGAACCGGGUACUUGGGCUCGCGUCUACACCUGGGACGAGGGCCAGGAAAUCGAUGUCCACAAGGGCCACCACGGCCCUAUCUGGUCCAUUGCGUUCUCUCCCGACGGCAACCUGUACGCAACUGGGUCAGAGGAUGGCACAAUCAAGAUGUGGAAGAACUGUGACGGCUAUUACGGGCUCUGGCGUGGGGGUGUAUCCGGCAGUGGCACCGACUAGGAGAAGAAGCAUCAAUGCCCCGAUUUUGGCUCAGCGAAGGAGUACUCUUCCCAACAGACGACGGGUGUAUUCAAGGAUAUCACCAACCAAGGCGUUGCUACGCCUGAUGUUCUUGAUCUUCUCAGCUUCGAGGUUCCGGUCACAUCGGCCGUGAAUCCUCACUCUGAUCUACUCCUCAGCUAUUCGCCAAGCAAGUACGAUAAGCCCCUUUCACCCGUCCGUCCGAGGCGUCACGCCAAUAAGGCAUCUCCUCUCAGGUUUGAGAUUGAUGUCGAGUCACCCUCCGAUACCACUUCCGACCUUUUGCUCAGCUAUUCGCCGAAUAAGUACGAUAAGCCCUUGUCGCCUGUUCGUUUGACCCGCAAUACCAGACCGGCAUCCACCCUGCGUUGAGCUAUGUUCGAGAUCCGCUUGAAGCCACAAAGCAC